GAUCUCAAGUUUAGUCUACUUGUUACUCUCCAAUAGGAAACAUCAAAAAGCAGAAGCUAAAGUCUUCAUUUUGAUUCUGUUCUCUUGCAAGUUACUUUCAACGGUGUUAUUGUUAAUUAGUUGAUUGUUCGGUUAAUAAUCGUGUAUUGGAUUAGCCGGUGGAUAAUUGAGUGUCUUUAUUUUGUGAGAAGAAGAAGAGAGAAAAAAAAGAGAAAUAACCAAAGAAGAUAAAUGGAAGGAGCCAGUCAAGAAGGAGCUUCUGGAUCAGUGGAAGUGGAAGAGUAUUACGAGGUUGAAAAGAUUAUUGAUAAAAGAGUUACUAAAACAGGUAAAAUAGAAUAUCUUUUGAAGUGGUCCGGUUGGUCAUCUUCGGCUAAUUCUUGGGCUAAAAAGGAAGAUGUCGAUUGUCCCGAAUUAAUUGACAGAUUUGAAGAAAAACAAAGGAGACAGUUGGCUGCUGAAGAGAGAUCCAGACAUGAACCUAAAGUUAGGCCUCUAUUUGCUCCUGGAGAACCAACUGGAUUUGAUAAAGGCCUAAAGGCCGAAGCCAUUACCGGUGUAACUAAAAUUGGAAAUGAGAUUAUCUAUUUUGUUAAAUGGAAAAAUGAGACUCAACAAGGAAUGAUUCCUGGUUCUGUUGCCGAAAAGAAAUGUCCACAAUUGGUCAUUGAAUAUAUGGAAAACAAUAUAAGGCGAAAUGAUCAACAUUGUAUCCAAAAAGCUAAUCAAUUGUGAUUAUCGCGUAAAUGGUCACAUAUUUAACAAUCUACAGUUUGAUUUAUUGAAGUGUUACCAUUUUCAACUACUGUCCAGUUUAUCUUUUAACCCCUUUUGACCGGUUAAACUUUUCACCAUAUUGACCUUUGUCUUGUUUGGAAAAACAAGUUUAUACAUUUACAUUUAUUGUUUUCUCCCUCGGUACAAAUUACAUAAUCAAAUGGGAGAGUUAAAUUAUGUUUAUUUACCCAAAUCACACAUCAAUCAUUCAUUAUGUUAAAUGGCCUGAAUAUCAUCUAAUAGUAUUAACUCUGAGCUGAUUAUCAUUUCAUGGACUUGGAAUCUUGCCGAAGCCAAAGCCCAAAAAUUGCUCUAAAUUGCCAAAUUUUCUCAUCUAAAAUAAUCACUUAUUUACAACAAUCAUAAACUUUUGCCAUAAUCAAUUUCUCAUCAAUUUCAACAAUUUAUAUCUCAUCAUUGAAAUUGAAAAAGUUAUACAACAAGAAACAAUUAUUCUCAUAUCAUCUAUUGAUUGUACACUUUAUACACUAAUUUUUAUUUUCUCCCCAAAUUGUUAAUUACUCAUCCCCAUUGAUUUAAUCAAAAAUUCACCGAUUAACAGGUUGAUGUAAUUAAAUCUGAAAAACGAUCAAGUCGAUUAGUUGAUCGGUGGACCGUUAGAUGGAACCGGUUACCUCGUUUCCUGUUCCUUCCAUGUGCUUGUUCAAUGUCACGUGAUUUCAAUAUUUUGUUUCUUUCUGAUGAAAUUUUCUGUUCAUCUUACUUAACCGAUUAAAUUAAUUGUCUCUUUCUA